GUACUGUCGCAAGGCGGUCUUUUUUGUCAUCUAAAUUGAUACGAGGCAGAUUAUCUGCUCUAGUGCGCAUAUAAAGACUCAGUGGCAGACUGUUGUGCAUAUUCUAAAUACUAAAGACGCUCAGAACGUGUUGCAUACUAUCCAUCAUGAAAGUGCUGGCUUCUCUCCUGGCUGUGUGCGUGCUGGUAGCCGUGGUGACGGCGGCCCCCAACUGCCCGCAGUACGACGGCUCCACGCCCGUCUUCUUCCCUGACGAGAACGACAGCAGCAGCUUCUACGAGUGCAGCAACGGCAGGUCCGUCCACAUGGCCUGCCCCAGUGGCACCGUCUGGAACUCCAACAUCAACACCUGCGACUGGCCCCAGUCCAGGAAGUAGAAGGCACCGGAUGGUUAUCUCCCCCGUGAUAUCACAUUACUUGACAUGACACUCUAAAAUAUUCGAAUAGGUUUCACACUGUACUCUAGUGUAAUAUUUAACUUUUAAUAAACAGCAAUAAAAUAAAA